GCGACUGCUACGGUUUUGUUUGGAUUUUAGCUGAGGGAGCUAAAGCGGUUGUGUAAUUGUACGAAGUGUUUAACGGUAAUUUUAACGUAUUCCGAAGUGAAGCCGUGUCGAGUGGCUUUAUUAAGGUGUAUAAGAAUCAGUUUUUGAUAGUUUGGUGUAAUAAAGCAGCAGCAAGAUGGUGAACGUAACUGUUACAGCGAGUGGCUAAGCUAGCUAAGCUACUUGACAACCUGUUGAUUGGAUGCGAAUAAUCAGGCUCGGGUGAGGUGGUUUCUUCUCCCACCGACUUGGUUAUGAGGGCCACCAAUGUUUAACGCAGACAGAGACUUAGUUGAAGAUGUGGUCUCUUUGAGAAAUCAACUGCGGUUAACAGAGAAGAAUUUGCAAGCUCUUGGAGAGAAGUUAAGCCAGUCUGAACAUGACAGCGUCGCUGAGCACAGAGCUGAAAGUGGAUCAGACGAUUUUCCAGAGCACCUCACCUUAGAGGACCUCCAGAAGCCUGAUGCUGGAAAGGCACCGUCCUGUCUGGAUAACCCAGAGAGCUCAAACUCUCCAAAGAGAUCAGAGUGGCGAACAUGUUCAGGAGCGCACAGCUGUGAUUACAGACUCCACUCAGUCAGAGACAUGGAGAACGAGACGUCUCAGCUCAGGAGGAAGCUCAGCACCGUUCGGCAGGAGAACUCUUCUCUGGUGCUGGAGAACAGGCAGCUCAUCAAUGAUCUGGAGGCCACACAGCUGGAGCUGGCCAGCUCCAGGUCCAAGAUUCGUUUGCUCGGCUCCUCCAUGGGGGUGAAGAGCACUAGUGUGUCGGUGAUGAAGGACCACAUACAGGAUUUGGAGUCACAGCUGGAGAGUCAAACCAGAGCCCUGCUGGAAGCUGAGCAGAAACUUGCAGCGAGUGAGCAGACUGCAGUCCAGAACGACAGAGUGGUGGAGAAACUCAAAGAGGAGCUGAAAGCGAUUAAAGCCGAAUUAUCUGAUAAGACUCGGCAGUGGAAACGUACGGAGCAGCAGAGAAACCAGGCUCUUCAAAAUGCAGAGAGACUGACUGUGGCCUUCAAAGACUACAAAGGAGAAGUUGCUGUAAAAUUGAAAAAGGUCAUGGGGAAUGAGGGCAAGUUAAAGGCCAGUUUGAUAGAGUGCGACAGAGAAAGAGAGGAGCUGGAGGACAGAUGUAAAGAGCUGGAAAGAGAGAAGGAGAGGAUGGGUCAGAACCUCAGAGAACUGAAGGAGAGUCGUGACCGAGCUGAGUCCAUCAUCGCUGAGCAGCUAGAGCUGCAGGGCCAGUUACAGCAGGCCUCAGAGCAGCUGGGCCGCCUGCAGAGGGAGCUGGUGCAAAAGGAGGCACAGCUGGAGGAGGUUUCUGGACUGAGGAAGGAGAGGGAGGACCUGCGCCUCCUCUCGGCCUGUCAGGAGCAGAGACUCGCUCAGGCUCAGAGGGAGAUAGAGCAAGGCAGGAUGGAGCUGGCCAGUCUGGAGAGCAUCCUGGACAUGUUACAUCUGAGAGAGGAUCGUGAGGGCGCACUGUGUAUGAAUCCCUGUCUGUUGCCCUCGCUGACUUACACUGCAGCUACAGAGCAUCUCAAACACAAACCAGGUGAGCGAUAUCAGAAGCUGCUGGCGGUGCUGCAGACUGUGGAGAAGGAGAAGACCAGACAGACCAGCGCUGCUCAGAACCUGCAGGAGAGACUGACCAAAGCUCAGGAGGAGAUCUCGUCUUUACAGAACUCCAUCACCCAGAGAGCCUCUCACUACCAACAGCUUCACAACCAGCUGCUGGACAAAGCUGCCCUGGCCACCACGCUGGAGAAAGAGCUGAAGAAGAAGAACUCGCGUUUGUCUUUACUGGAAAAACAGCUGCAGGAGAAAACAUCUGCUUACUCACAGGUUGCCAUCAAAAUCAGCCAACUUGAGCAGGAGCUGCUGGAAAGGGACGGCAGUAUUCAUCACUAUCAGUCUGUAUUAACCAAGAAACAGAGGGAGUACCAGCAGGCCCUGGAGAAGUCCAAGCUAGCAGAGGAGAACAAAAGCAAGGACCUGGAGGACAGGAUAGACGUGCUACAGUUGUCUCUGGCUCAAAGUCAGGCUGAAGUGGAGGAUUUGAAGGAGACUUUGUCUGUGCUCCAGUUAGAGAAGAAAGAGGCACAGCACCAGAACUGCCUACUGCAACAGUCUGUGGCCCAGCUCACACAGGAUACUGAGAUGAAGGCCAAACGUGGUGAAGAGGCAGUCCGUAGCUUUAAAGAGCAGGCUGCAGAAUCUGCUUCUAAGAUUAAGUUUCUGGAGACAGAGCUGUCCUGCUGUAAGGAAGAACUGAGUGGUUGUCUGCAGCAGAUGGAGAAGGCCAAGCAGGAACAUGAGACACAGCUGGAGCUCAAAAACUCUGAGCUGUCAGCCCUGCAGGAGGCGGUGAAGAGCAGAGCUUUGGCCUGUAAGAGCUCCACUGAGGAGAACCUGCAGCUGCAGCGCUCCAUCCAGCGGCAGCACAACAUGCUGCAGGAGAGCACCACCCGCAUAGCACAGCUAGAGGAGAGCCAGAGUCAUCUACAGAGCCAGGUGUCCCAUCUGGAGCAGGAGCUGGAAAGGGAGCGUUCUGCCCUGACCGAGGAGCUGAGAAGGAGAGAGGAGGAGGUGGAGGAGGCCAGGCUUGAGGUGCAGAAGAAAGAGAAGCAGGCAGCCGAACUCUCAGCAUCUAUAACGCAGCUGAGCUCUGAGAUGAACACCUGUCGAGGGGAGCUGUCCGAGAUGGAGCAGGAGCUGCUGCAUUUGAGAAGGGACAGCAGUGCUAAAGCCUCACAGCUCGUACAGAUGGAGGAAACGCUGCAGGAGACCAAAGGCCUGCUGGACAAGAAGAGUGAACUGGUGAUUGAUCUGGAAGAGAAGCUCCAUCGCAGUGAGAUGGACAGGCGGAACUCUCUGCAGCGAGCUCAGUUGCUGGAGGGACAGCUGCAGGUGGUGCGCGGGGAGCUAUCCGACACACUGGACCACCUACAGGAACUCCGAGAUGUCCUUCAGAGGACCCAGCUGACCGCAGACCAACGACAGACCACCAUUGACCAGCUGGCUGCUGAGCUCAGAGAAAGCCAGAGGGAACUGGAGGAGAGGAAUAAUGAAGUGCUAGACAUGGACACUGCACUAAAGGAGCGACAGGGGGAGCUGCAGCAGAGAGCAGAGCUGCUUGGGCAGCUGGAUGUGGCCAUUAAGGAGCGAAAGAUGGAGAUGGAGAGGAAGGUAGAGCUCCUGCAGGACACUCUGGAGAAGACUGAGAGAAAGCUUAAAGAAAGAGAUAAACAGGUGGAGUUCCUAACUGAAAGGCUAGAUUUAGUCAAAUCUCAGCUCCAGGGGAAGGAGGAUCUGGAAAAGAGUGCUCUGGAGUACAGUCAGCAGCUGCGUGCGAGUCGUGAGCAGCUCCAGAAAACUGCCCAGGACCUGCAGGAAGCACACGCUCUCUGUGAUGACCUCAGCAGGCAGCUAGAUGAUGUCACGCAACAAACCAGACAGAAGGACGCUGAGGUGCAGCGGCUGCUGGAGCAGCUGAAUGUAGCUGAAAAGCGUCGUGUUCAGAGUGAAGCUAAACACCAGGCCGCAGUUACUGCACUACAGCACCAGCUUGAGCAGGAAAGAGAAGAGCACCAUAAAGAGCUCUCUGCUCUGCAGCAGACACGAGGGCAGCUGCUGAAGGUUUCGGAUCAGAUUUCCAGCAGUCUGCGCAGCUCCCAGGAGCAGCUGACCCAGCGGCUGCAGCAGGCCAGAGAGCAGCUGGACGAAGCCAAAGCCGAAGCCGCUGGCCUGCGAGCUCAGCUUUAUUCCUCAGAGCAGCUCCUGCAAACUGCUAAUGAAAACCUGCUUAUCAAGGAAUCAGAGAUUACACGUCUUCAAGCCAAGAUUUCCAGUUUGGAGAGAGCCGCUGAGCUCCACAACACUACUCUCCACCACGAGUCCACUUUUCCGUCUUUCUCUCCCUCUCUUAAAGACCUCCCUCAGUUCUCCCCCUCCCAUAAGGACCACCUCACUCGCUCCAGCCUGUGCUCCUCCACCACCUGGAACAAUGCCUCCUCAGAUGCCUCUCUGGAGCUUUCUGAAAGUGUAAAAGCAAGUGUACAGGAGGCUCUGAGGUGUCCCAGUUCUCCCAGUGCAGACUGGCAGGGCCUGAACAACCCUGACCUCACCUCCACCUCAGACACCACCUUUAACCCUCUCACCUAUAUGCUGGAUGAAGGAGAAACUGAAGAACCUGAUAUGGACACUCUCUCUGGCAUGCUGAAGUUCGUCAACCAGACGCUGGCCCUACAGGAGCAGCACUCUCUCUGCAGCUCUCACAUACAGGACCUUAACGAGGACGGGUACAGUUUUAAAGGAGACGUAUCUUGACAGAAGACUUUUCGAAGACGAUCUGCGGAGUACAGACGUGUGGAUUUAGACCUUUUCCCUUUCCUGUCGUUGUAACAGAGCAGCAGCCAUCUGAUCAUCCAGUGCUGCAUUAGUACAUGCACUAAUCGAGAACAGUCAGAUACUUGAAACUUGAACUUUUUGAUAUGCUUUUUUUAAUUUGUAUUUUUGUAUUUGGUGAAAUAAUUUCAA